AUGCAUAUCAGACCCCUAUCGAUUCUAGGGCUACUGCUCCCAAUUCUCCCAGCUGUGCAAGCAAAUGUGGAAAAGACCAUCUUCCUGGCCCCGGAAACAGCCAUUAUUCCCUCCGAGGAGCCAUCCCUCGAUGACCUUGGCGUCGAAAGACUAUCACCACAAAACCCAGUAGUACGCACUAGACUCAAUGCCUCAUUCCCAACGACCACGACUCCCCAAGGCUCAGAGUCAUGGUUCUUCCUCGAAAACCUGAACCCAGGACAGCGGUACGAAGUGCGUGUCUGCUGGCUAUCAACCCAACCAACAUCCUUUACUCUCACUACAUACCCCCUUUCCCAGACAAUUGAGGAUACAUCCCUGUUGUCGUCACUGAGUAUCUACACGGCCGCUCGUCUAGCCACGCUAGAUAGCCAGCGUCAAGCCGAUUCGAUCUCACGUCGGGCUGGCUCGCCCAAGGGUACUAAAUCGCUUGAUACAGCGCCGUCUAGUGACUCUGUGCUUUUCCUGCGCGUUCAUGCCGUAGCGGAUUAUUUCAGCACUAACCAGACAUUGAUGCAGAAUGUGCCCCCCGUGGCAGUGGAUUUGAUUCUGGACCCGUUCUUGUUUAAUGUUUUCCCGCGCUCGCUGGUGCCGACUGCGGGCUGGAUUCUUGUUGUUACUGUUCUUGCUGUGGUGCUUGGAAGGUGGAUUGUGGGCGAGGUUGGGAGGGUCAUUGAUGAUGCUAGGCGGCAAAGGAGCUUGGAGGAGAUGAAGAACAAAUAA